CGUUCGUCCGUCCAGCCAGCCUCCUCCACCCCUCGUAUCGGCACCCAGCCUUCUUUCCUGCUCCCUCGCUCGCAUCGUUCAUCAAACCACCCCCUGCAAUGUCGUCCAUCAAGCAGUUUCUCAUCGUUCCGGACGUGGGCAUCAACAACUCGGAGCUGCCCAACGCCAUCGAUCCCAACCGCACCUUCCAGAUCGAGGCCGGCUGGGGUGUCCCCGCUGAGCUCAAGGGCCGUGUGCGUCUGCAUACCACCAAAACCCUCAAGGACGUCACCCUCACAGUCGAUUUGAUCGGUCGCUGCGAGACCGUCUGGGUCUCGCCCAAGGCCAAGACCGACCCCAAUGCCCCCGCCGCCCUUGUCAGCAAGCACCAGACCGAGAUUUCCGAAAAGGUCUUCCUGACCCUGACCGAGACUCUGAAGUGCCGGCUGCAUGACAAGAAGGAGAACCUGGUCCCGAACGAGUUUGGCGGAAUCAACAUUCCCUUCACCAUCAACCUGCCCUCGUCCGGUGUCCCCUCCAGCUACAAGGAUGCCUGUGGCUGCAUUCUCUACGAGCUGCGUGCCGUCCUCACCUGGCAGGAGGGCCUCAAGAUCAUCAAGACCACCCGCGAGGUCAUUGUCCCCGUCACCAUCCUCAUGCCCCUUGUCGCCCAGCAGCGACUGCUUGCCAAAAAGUCUGAGAUUGUCCAUGAGUCGCCCAUCAUCGACAAAAAGUGCCGCUUCUCCGUCAAGGCCUCCUCGCGGGUCCUGCGGCCCAACGACAAGCUCUUUGUCGACUUUACCAUCUUCACCGUCCCGCCCGGCCAGAGUAUCUUCAAGGUCUACAUCGCCGUCGUCACCGUCGUCGAGUAUCGCGGCGCUGCCGGCCGAGCGGCCGAGCUGACCCUGCCCAACCCCAUCGCCGUUCACGAGGAGACCAACCCCGUCAGCAACGUCGAGGACACCUUUGGCUGUGUCCUGCGCUCCAAGCUUCUGCUCAACCUCAACGCCACUGGCUUUGUCGCCUCCAACGAGAGCGCCCUCGUUUCCAUCAAGUCCUUCCUCCGCGGCAAAAUCUUCUUGAGCAACAAUCCUCUGGAGCCCAGCUCGACCUUUGAUGUCCCUGUCGUUCUGGUCCCCACCCCCGAGGACGUCUCGGCCGACAACAAGGCCGGCCGUUCGAACCGGCAAUCCGAGGUGCUGCCUCCGACGCAGCCCCCGUUCGAGGAUGUUCCCAGAAGCAUCACCGAGCCCACCCAGCACAACUUUGGCGCCGGCAGCAGCAACAACUCUGGCGGUGCCAACAACUCGCCUGUGCGCCUGCAUGCUCGCCCGUCUCUCUCCAGCCUCAGCAGCUCCGUCCAAAUGUCGCGCACCAUUUCGCAAGACCCUGUCGCUGCCGCCGUUGCCUGGAACCGCAAGUUCUCGCUCGCCAGCAACGGCGACGAGAACAUCAACGUUCACUACGGCCCUCCCCGCCGCGACCUGGAUGCCCCUGGCCUCUACACCCCGCCUUCGAUGCACCCCGCUCCUUCCCAGGAUCCCAACUCGGUCGUCGACGAUGUCCUCGAGGUCCUCGAGCCCCAGAUGUUCCCUCAGCUGCCGCCUGCCAGUCUCCCUACCGGCCCGAAGCUUCCCUCUCCUCCGGACAGCAACCCCUCCCCGCCGAUCCGCCCAGUAUUUGACACCAACCGUCUCAGCCAGCAGCUUUCGAAACUCUCCACCGCAGAGGGCGACUCCCAAAGCAACACCAAAAUCGAGGCCCUGCUUGAGAAGCUCAGCCAGAUCAAGGACGAGCAAAAGAGCGUCACCAGCUCGCCGUCGCUCUCGCCAGCCAGCUCGCCCUCUCUGAACCCUGAGCGUCGCUCCAGCGGCCGCAAGGGUCCUGCCAAAAAGUACCGCGCAGUCCAGAAGUAUGUCCCGCGCAUGUCGGACGAGAUUGCGCUCAUGCCCGGAGACCAGGUUAUCAUCAGGAAAAUCUAUGGCGAUGGAUGGGGACUGGGCUUCAACGUCUCCACUCGCCAAGAAGGCGCCUUCCCGCUGCACAUCAUUGCCGUCAUGGACGAGCCACAGUAAUCUGACAGAGCCAAGUGCCUGGGCUCGUCUUGGGCAUGUGUGUCUUCCCAAGUCUGGACUCGGUCAGGCUCUGCUGUUCUUGCAAGGCAUCAGACCAGAUCGUGUCUGCUGGGUCGGCGCCCUCUUUCCUGUGGACGUCUGCGUCACGAUCCUCC